UGUUCACUAUCUCUGGAUCCGCGGCCGAACACGGAGCGUUUUUCUUCGAGUCCGAGUGUCUUGUAUUAGUUGUUUGUAUUACAGAUAAUAGUCGAGGAAAUUCAGCAAAUUCCGGGCUGCAAAUUCUCCCUGAGAGCAUUGCGACGUUAUCCUUAACCGAUAUUGCGAAUUUUACGAGUUAGAUUGCUUAAGAAAAUUCGCGAUUUCCAUCGGCCGUUUUCUUCUGUCAAUUACCGGAGUAUUAAAUAUCUAGUGUAUUCGUUUCCUUUUUCGUUUAGACGAAGCGUUCCAGGAUUCAGGGAGGCUUGUUAAGUGUAAAAAAAUAUCCAUAUCUGGAUACCGAGUCAUUGCUGGUAGAUCGAAAAGAGCGAAAGACGGAAAAAGUGUUUACGUAAUUUCGCUAAAUUUUCGUUGUGUAAUGUGAAGAAUCAUUCUCGUGUGUGCCACGAAGAGAAGGGCAGGCCAGUUUUAGCAAAUUGUUCAGCGUGUAGAGAAAAGAAAGACGAGGAUACCGAUUUUGUGUGAACGCCCGUGUAGUGGUGUAAGCCCAUUUUGUGAAAUCUUGUCUCCUCCGCCAACUUCCACGCCGCCGGUGUCUUCGAGACUUGCGGUGAGUUUCGCUCCAACGGACAGUCUAACUGACUGCGCGCACAGGACCUUUUCAGUGGUGGUGAUACGUUGCUUGUUGUGUAAUGGCGUUUUUGCGUUCGGUCGUUCGGUGCAAUUGUUCGGUGUCGCGAAAAUUAUCGUCUCCAAUAUCCCUCAAUAGUGGACCGGUAUCCAGUUUCCAGCGGGGAUUACUAUUAAACCAAGUGCUUGCUGCCGCAAGCUACCAUGCUUCUUCGAUCUACAUAAAACAGGUGUUAGCAGGGGGUCAGUUCUACCAGCGCCGAUUCCGAUCGGUAGCCGCGACAACCAAUGCAGGAGGAGUUCACGUUGCUAAGCAGCAACAUCAACAGCAGAAUGAUCCCAGUUCACCGCAGCGAGAUCCGUUGGAUGUUGGCUUCAAUGAUCCGAAUGCUGCGUUCAAGAGUAAAACUACUUUCGAGCUGAUCCGGGCCUAUUUUGUGUAUAUGCUGUGCUCCUCCGAGUUCCUGGUCGAGAACAACAUGAAGCUCAUGAAGCUGACGAAAGCCAUUAUCGGGGACAGAUUGUUCAUCCAGUUGAUGAAGUCAACCUUCUACGGACAUUUUGUCGCCGGAGAGGACAGAAUCCUGAUCGUGCCAACGCUUGAAAGACUGCGCUCGUUUGGUGUUAAACCUAUCCUAGACUAUUCGGUUGAGGAGGAUCUGUCUCAGGAGGAGGCAGAGAAACGAGAAGUGGAAGCUUCGGUAUCGUCCACCGGAACGAACCUUUCCGGGGAAGCAACCGCCCUGCCCCAAUACAGUGUAGACAAAACGUUCGCCGAUCGACGCUACAAAGUACAAAGUGCCCGUACUUACUUCUACCUUAAUGAGGCUACCUGUGAGCGGAACAUGGAGACAUUUUUAGAAUGUCUGGAUGCCGUUAAAGGUGCAACAUUCGGUACCGGUAUUACGGCAAUCAAGUUAACAGCUCUCGGAAGGCCGCAGCUAUUGCUCCAACUUUCUGAAGUCAUCAUGCAGGCUCGUAGCUACAUGAUGGAACUGGCAGGUGCCACCGGUAAUGUGCUAUCACAUCACAAAACUAUCAAGGAUUUGGAACGGUAUUUGAGUAAUGUGGCAGACAAGAAGGAAGUGAAAGCUUUUCUGGAAAAAGUCACCUCGGAUAAAGAUGGAAUUUUGCAUCUAUUCCCCUGGACGGGAAUCAUUAACGAAGACUGUGAGCUGAGUGAAACGUUCCGAGUGCCAGAUCCAGUUACCGGACAAAUGCGUCGGUUGAUCUCACAAAUACCCCCUAAAGAGGAAGAAAUGUUCCGCAAUAUGAUAAGACGAUUGAACACUAUUGUUAAGGCCGCUCAAGAUCUAGACGUACGCAUAAUGAUUGAUGCAGAGCAGACGUAUUUCCAGCCUGCGAUAUCCCGCAUUACCCUGGAGAUGAUGCGAAAGUACAAUACCGAGAAAGCAAUCGUUUUCAACACCUAUCAGUGUUACUUGAAGGAAACCUACAAAGAGGUUUGUACUGAUCUACAGCAGGCCAAACGACAAAAUUUCUACUUUGGUGCUAAACUGGUACGAGGGGCAUACAUCGAACAGGAACGGGCCCGCGCAGCUGCUCUGGGGUACGAAGACCCCACGAAUCCUUCCUUUGAAGCAACUACCGAAAUGUAUCACAAAACUUUGACUGAGUGUUUGAGGAGAAUAAGAAUUCUCAAAGACGCUGGUGAGGAUCCGAAAAAGAUCGCUAUUAUGGUUGCAUCGCACAAUGAAGAUACCGUCCGAUUUGCGAUUGAAAAAAUGAAGGAAAUCGGUAUCCACCCGGAAGACAAGGUGAUUUGCUUCGGUCAGUUGCUUGGCAUGUGCGAUUACAUCACUUUUCCACUGGGUCAGGCUGGUUACUCUGCAUACAAAUACAUCCCGUACGGGCCGGUCAAUGAGGUUCUACCGUACCUUUCGCGACGUGCCCAAGAAAACAAAGGUGUUCUACAGAAGAUCAAGAAGGAAAAACGUCUUCUGCUAAGCGAGAUUUUGAAGCGACUGGCCAAGGGUCAGCUAUUCUACAAACCGAAAGGCAACUACGUGCCGAUUUAAGCUGGUGCUAGUGGAUACUAGUAGAAUGCACCAAGGUAUUUUAAUAGAUGAAUAACGAAAGUUGAAAUUUACGUCCAAUAACACACAGGCACUCUCAAAGACCCAGAUCGAACACACUCACAGAACUCCACACGAUCCAGCUCCGGACCGACGGAUCUAACCUAUGAAACUGAACGUGUGUUGUGAAUGUACUAUUAGUUGUACUAAGACCUUUCGAGCUGGUUUGUAUUUCUCCCUGAAUAGUCAGCUGCAAACAAAAGCCAGUAAAGAUUCGGACAUCAACGAACAGGCUGAAAAACCAAAACGAAUACGUACUAUGCCUAGUUGAUAGUAGUUGGUUACAUCGCCUGUUACUGGAUAAUGGCGAAUGGUAUUAAGAAAUAAGGCGAAAGUUAUGAUAUUUUCGAAACCGUAUAUGCUCACCCUCUCAUCAAUAGAAGAAAUUUGCAUAGAACCCAUGUCAGAAAGUACGGGCGUCUAUUCAACCGGUUAUUAAAAGUUGUCUGCUAUUAGUGAGAUGGAUUGAUUAUUUGUGAUUGUAAUUUUAGUGGCUUGUACGAAUAAGGCGAAUAAUUAUGAAAUAAAUUUUUAUUUUGUCGAUCAAAAUAAAUCUGUUUGCGCUCUCAACGUAAGUUGGAACCGACGAGAGAAUGAUAUAGUUCUUUUUUCAACAUCCCUCUUUUUCAGUAAAAAAUUAGUUUUUUUUGUUACCAAAUUUAUCCCUGCGUAACCGCGCAUAGUAACGGCAACAAAAAGGUACGCUAACACUAGCUGUAUAAUAAACAGUAAGAAGUACAGAAACUGCCUCAGGUCAACUAACACAUGUAGUAGGGAAAUAUGUAAAAGAAGUCAAUAUCAACCAAAAGCAAGUAUGUGUAAGUGCUAAAGACAUAUACAAACCCCAGCGAAAGUAUCUAUCGAAACAUCACGCUCGGAAUGCUGAAACAUGAAUCUCAACAAGAAUCUCUUGGUGUAAUUUUACUAAACUGCUUUAGCAAAAAUGGAGAGCGUUUAUGUCAGCCUCACGUCGGUGAGCCAUACAGCAUUUUUUGCAAACUGUUUCUUGGUCAAAAAACUUGAGGAAUAGUUUACUAUAAAAUGUUAACACACACUUACAUUGUUGAAUUAUUCCUAUAUACCCAAAAAGGCUGUUUCAAUUACAUAUUGGUAAAGCAACUCUGAAUGAAGAAAAAAAUAACGCACCCAAAACGACACUGACUACAAUUCAAAUAUUGACAAUAACGAAGUGAAAAGGAAACACAUAAAACUGCUAAAAACACAAAUAUAUCGUAAAUGAAAAUUUAAUAUUCAAUGGUUAAUAUCAUAUGAGUGUGUAACGUACAUUGUAGGAUACUGAGCAGGCAUUAGCAAAUUUGAUUGUUGAAAGCUACAAAAUGCGUGAAAGAUUACACUCCGCAUUCAUUAUUGGUGGAAUUCUUACUUUUAUUGUAAGUUUAUGUGCUGAAAUAAAAACUAGAAACGAAACUAAAAACAAUUAGAAUUUAUGACAACCAUUAAAUGAAGCGUAAAAAGCAAACAGCAAACAUAAACGAUCGAGAACUAACAGAUGCAACCGUUCAAUAGUCUAGGAAGAGUGAUGCAAAUCAAAUUAUAACCAGUAUCCAGGAGGUCAUCAAUGAAUGAAACUGACCUGGCGCGGUCCGAGAGCCGUAGUUGAAUUUCAAACUGUUCUAACUGUAAGCUGUGUAAAAAUAUUUAAAUCCAAAAUAAAAACACACACUGAUCGACAACCUGCGUUCAAA